AUGUAUUGGACCGUAUUUGAGUUCCUCCUCGUGGGCGAGCCGAUUUUCAACGCUGUAUCGUUCUGGCUGCCCUACCACAAUUUCGUUCGUCCUCUUCUGCAAAUUCAACUCUGUCUCGAUGAUUUCAGCGCGUGCGAGAGCGUCUAUGAUACCUGUGUGAAACCAGUCGUCUCUCACGCACUUAAGUGGAAGGAAUUGUUCAUAACUCCGCCAGUUUUCGUGAAGGACACGGGGAUGUGGCACAAGGGCGAAGAUGUACCGGAGUUCAGAGAAAAGGCUCAGCGACUGGCGGUGAAAUCAGCUGUUGCGGCUUGCACCUCCGAGGCUAGUAAAAACUAG